AUGCGACCAAUCGCAGGUCGCAUAUUACGCGACAGCAAAACGAACAACAACCUGCGACCUGCGAGCGCGAUAGGUAACGAACAUGACCAAGAAGAGUGUACUGACAGUGGAAGUACGACAUUAUAUAACAGUGAUAAACUUAUGUUUUUCAAGGAUCUCUCUAAAGUGUUUAAGUACUUCAAAGGCUUCUAUGCUUCAAACACUAUCUUAAUUGAUGAUGAACCAUACAAAGCUCUUCUUAAUCCUGACAAUACAGGUGUGUUCCCAGUGAGUUACGAUCCUACAGACAAGAACGAUGACUUUCUUGAUCCAGAAGGAGAGUUCUGUUCUUACUUGGAUGAUCUCGCAAGUUCGUCAGAUGUUCAAGAUUAUAUUAAAGAGCAUUCUUUUGGUCAGCCCAUGAUUGAUUCUUCUCAUCCGGACUGGUCUUUCUACAGCAAAGUCAUAAAGGAUUAUUACCUUGCAUAUGUUUGUUAGUCUAGUUUUAUUAAUAUUUACUCUGUUCUUUAGCUUUUUUUUUGUUUUUUUUUUUUUUUUGUGAAACGAUUACUUUAAAAUUGAAAUAAAAGAGGUGAUUGGGCCAAACAGGCCCAUUACCCUAAGUUCAAACAACAACUAGAAUAGAAGAGGCCCGUUUAGCCAAAUAAUCAGCAUCACGGUUCUCAGUGCGAGGAAUGAAAACGAAAGAGAUAGAGACAAAUGCAGAGGCGAUCUGGUUGAUGUCGGUGAGGAUACCAAAGAGCUCCUUGAUCUGCAGUUUGUUUUGGAUUGCUCUGAUGAGCUUUUGACAGUCAGAUUUGACUUUGAGGGAGGUAAAACCAUGGGCCAACUCCCCUAGAAGUCCCGAUCGGAUGGCGAGUGCCUCAGCGGUGAGGGGUGACAAGACCCGCUCGACGUGCUGUGAUUCCUCUUUAGCUUACUAUUGAGUAUUGAACACAUUUCUAGUAAGAAUGUUGAACUUGAACACAUUCUGUUUCUUAUAUCGAUUAUUUAAUCAUCUCAAAUGUUUUGUUUAAGUUUUAGUAGAGUUAAUGAUUUUCUGAGAUCAA